GACACAGCACAAGCGAUUGGAAGCCGCAGAGAAGACAUCACAGCCAACUGAUCACAGAAGAACUUGCAACAUGCAGAGGAAGGUGAAAGGCCCACACGCCCACAAGAAGAAGCCACAAAACCCCGUCCACCCGGGCUUCUUCUUGGUCACUUCGCUUGUCUUGGUCGCUGUGGCGACUGCAUGGCCGUGGCCUAACCUGUCUUGGCCGUGGGACUCUGUCGCCGUGGCACAAAGCACCCGGGCCACUGAUGCCCCAGACCAGAACCUCCUGCAGGAACUGACAACCAUGAAACAGGACAUCAAUGAGUUGAAGACCCUCUUGAAGAACCUGGUGACACGUGUGGAUGAGCUUGAUGAAAGAACAGCAGCUAUCGUCCACAUUGAGAAUGUGACCCGUAUGGUUGAAACACAAGCCGCAACCAUGCAGAGUCUGACCACACUCGCGGAGAAGAUUGAUGGAGUAGCAAAAAUUGCGCAAGUUGAGGUUCUGACGGCACGUGUGGACGCUCUUGAAAAAGUGAAAAAGGAGCAAGUGACGGGUCUGACCACCCGAGUGACGAAGCUGGGAGCGGCAGCCAGUUCGGUGGUAUUCUCAGCAAUGAUCAAACAUGAGAAUACAUUCAACAGUGGGGAGAAGGUGAUCUUCUCACAAGUGCAGACCAACGAGGGUGACGACUAUGACAAUACCACAGGCAUUUUCACAGCACGCAUCAAGGGCCUCUACUUCUUCACCGUCACCAUCCACACGCAUGGGGGGGACAUUGACCUGUAUGUGUAUAAGAAUGAGGAGGACAUGAGCCAGCUGUAUAACCCCACUGCAGGAUAUCACGGCAGUGAGACCAGCAGCUUGGUGAUGCCACUGGAGAGUGGAGACACCGUGUAUGUCAAGGCUUAUAAGGGCAGAGUCCAGAGUUACACCCAACAAAGCAUGUUCAGCGGCUUCCUCAUCCAUCCCAUGUAAACUAGAUGGAAACUUGGUUAGUGUCAAUUCAUUCCAGAAGGUCCCGACUCCCAACCGAAGCCAUUUCAACAGUCAGAAUUUUUGCUGAUGGCAUCAUAGAUUGGCAACGUAGCUGACCUCCCCGGUUGCCAUUCUGUUAGCAAGCGCACGAUGCUAACACAGAUGUUUUGUGAUCAUGAAGUGUACCAUAUUGUACGCAAACUGAGGCUACAUUUUGGAUGAAACACUGAUGUUCUGCUUUUUUUUUUCUUUGAUGAUACAACAUUUUGAA